UUUCGCCGUUGGCGUCACCAGCCUCGGCUUUGUCCUCGACUAUCCUCUUCACAAACUGACCGCCUCCAUUUGCUUCUUCGUCAUUCUCCUCGUCCUUCUUCACUCCGUCGUCUGCUGCUCGUUCGUUUGAGCUUCCUCGACCUCCUCACAACCGCUGCCGUCGCAGACCGACGCCAUCUCGCCGUCGCCAUGGGCCACUUAGCAUUUGACAACAGCGUCGAGGCUUCUGACGCCAACCGGUUGCCACCGCCUCCGGCGUAUGUCGACGUGGCCAUCAGACACUGA